AUGUCUGGGGUUUGGGUAUUCAAGAAUGGUGUGUUUCGAUUGGUGGAAAACCCUCAAGCUGAGGCCUCAGAUGGAAGGCAAGGAAAGGGAAGUAGCUCAAAGAAAAAGGUGUUGGUUCACUUGCCAACUGGGGAAGUUGUGUCUUCCUAUGCUUUUCUUGAGCAAAUCUUAACUGGAUUAGGGUGGGAGAGGUACUAUGAUGGAGACCCUGACCUGUACCAAUUCCACAAACACUCUUCAAUUGACCUAAUUUCCCUACCAAAAGAUUUCUCCAAGUUCAACUCCAUCAAUAUGUAUGAUAUAGUCAUCAAGAACCCCAAUGUCUUCCAUGUCCGGGAUAAGUGA